CAGCCUGGGCUAAGCAAACAGCAGUCCCACUAGCUUACACGUUGCAGUGGUCCCUCUCUGUACUGUGUUGUACAUACCUAUUAGAAAUAGACUUUUACGAAUGCCGGGGUACCGUUGGAGGGGGGGGGCGGGGGGGCGGAUGUAACAUUGGCGCAUCUUCGGGCUUUAACUAUACACAGCAGGUCUGUUAGCUUGAAGUCUUGUCUCAGUUCAACCAUGACAGCAGCGGAUCCGGUUUAUAACGCCACGACGGUCCAGGAGCCCAAGAACGGAAAAUGGUUCAUCGUGCCCUCGGAGUAUCUGGAUAAAUGGCGCUUUGGCAUUAAGGUGGCGGCCGUGCUCUUCUCCCUAGUGGCCUUCAUCCUGGAGGAGGUGGUCUUGCACUGUAAGUCCUGCUCGCCACUCUACUUCUUUGAGUUUGUGAGCUGCACGGCGUUCCUCUUCACCGGCCUGCUUGUCAUCUUGCUGUCCACGCCGCUCCACCACAGGGUCGGGAUCUCCUGUUGGUCCAUGUUGGACUUCUCUUACACUGUGGUCAUCGGCGUCCUCUUCCUCAUCGCCUCUGCAGCCUUCGCCAAGGACAAUGGUGGGCGUGCAGUGGAGAGCACCUCAGUGGCUUUUGGAUUCAUUGCCUCUCUCCUGUUUCUGCUGGAUGCCGUGGUUUUGUGGAAGACCAAGGGUUUGCCAUGUCGCUCAAAGGCCCAGCCCACCCAACCCCAGAACCAAAUGGCUGAAGCGGAGAAGCUCAAUACCCCUGGUUCUGAAUAGUCUCCAACAGUCUGGGUUUUUGCAUUUACACAUCAUGGACACUGGUGGAUCACCCAUUACUGUCCCUUAAACAGGAGACACUGGGGGGGGUGGGGGGUGGAAAUUCUUUUGUAAGACUUUUGUGGGUAGCAUGGUGACAUGUAGUUAAUGAAUAACAGACUUUUUAUGUGAACUGUUUUCUACAGGCAGAUUUUUUAAGAAGUGAGUCUAAUCUAGAUGAAUUGUAUUUAAAAACCAUACGUUUAAAAUGUAAUUUAUUACAAUCAGAUUAAACAACAGAUUUUUGAUCUUUUUCUAAUGUUUCCUACAUGGCACUAAACCCCAUUUUGUAUGGCUUUCAGGACAAAGAAGAAAGCAAUAAUGCAGAUGUGUAAAACCAAAAUGAGGCCUUUCAUUGUACAGUUUAAAAAAAUGACCCUCUUUCCUACCCAUCCAUCCCAAGUUACAUAUCACUGGCUAAGUGAUUUGCAUAGCCUAGCUAGUAUCACGUCGUGUAUAACUUCGGGGAUAUGUUUCGGUUCACAGUAAUUAUGUGCCAAAUGAAAUCUCUCUGAUUCUUUUGUCAUUGAGGUUAAUAUUCAGUCUUGGGUAAGUUGCCUGAGGAUACGUGUCACUUGUUCUACAGCCUUUAGACUGGAAUGUCAGAAUCUGGAUUUGGGUUUUGUUCUGGACCUCCCUGUUCUCUUCGUGUGGGGAAUAUCUAAUGAUGGUUUUCCUUUUCCACCCCCCUUCAUCAGUAUGAUGGAUUUUUAAUAUACAUUUAUUAGCUUUCUUGUAUUGUACAGUGUGUAUAUUUUUUGUUUUUAUCAAUUAUAUUUUUAAAUAUUGAUUUUAGAGAUGAAAAGACCAUGAGUAUCGUCAUGUUUUAAAAGGCAUAUGGUAUUUUUUUUUAAAGAAAUCUCAUCCUUGUUUACAGCAUGAACAGGAGUCGGUCCCUAGUGACACAUAACAUCAGCACAAGAUGACAGGCAGACAGUGGACUUGACAGAAAUUAGUUGAACUGUCGAAGGCUCUAACUAGUGCCAGUGUGCUGUACCACAAUGCAGUGCCAGUGUCUGAACACUGGAGGGCAGUGUUGUAUAACAUUUUCUGACAGUUGGACUUCUGUGAACUGACCAUGUUCUCCUAUUACCUAUGUUGCAUUUAUACAUUUGCAAUAAAGUAGACAUUCCUAUUGA